GGUGCAUUUGCACGAUCAGUCGCAUUUAUCUUUCGCUUGCAUUUGCACGUCUCAGCCGGCGCGGUCCAGCGACACAGUGUCCCGAUGCCAGUGAGCCAGUGGAUUAAUCACAAGUGGUGAUCGCGAGGAAGGAAGGGGCUGUGAUCGGCUGCAACGAGAAUUGCGAUUUUCGUGAGGAGCCAGAGCGAGAUCAGUUCGCGACACAAAGUGUGCAGCGCCAGAGCCGAAAGUAUUUGUAGUGCGGGGUGUCCGAGUCAGCGGGAGCACCUCCGGACACGUUGCCCGACCUCAAAAGUGUGGAAAAAUAUUAUGGCCUUGGCUAGGCUGCCUGCGGUGAGCGAGUGCGGCGCGGGCGGCCCUGUGCAGAUCCAAGCGGCGCGGCCGAGCAGCAGCGGGGGUGGGCCCGCCCCUGGGGGCGGCAGUUCCCCGCAACAGGGCGCCCAGCCGAGCGGCAUGGCCGUUUCGCGCGUGCCCAGCCCGCCGCCUCCGGAAGUCAACACCCCUGUGGCCGAGAACUGGUGUUACACCCAGGUGAAGGUGGUAAAAUUUAGCUACAUGUGGACCAUAAACAAUUUUAGCUUCUGUCGAGAAGAAAUGGGAGAAGUUUUGAAAUCGUCCACCUUCUCGGCAGGUGCCAAUGACAAGCUCAAAUGGUGUUUGCGGGUCAACCCCAAGGGUCUUGAUGAAGAGAGUAAAGACUAUUUGUCUCUCUACCUCCUGUUGGUCUCCUGUAACAAAUCAGAGGUCCGAGCGAAGUUCAAGUUCUCCAUUUUAAACGCGAAACGCGAAGAAACCAAAGCAAUGGGGGGUCGAUGCUUGACCAUUAGCGGCUCCAAGGGUCGCAACCAAAACUACAUCUCCAACGAGAGUCAAAGAGCCUAUCGCUUCGUGCAGGGUAAAGACUGGGGCUUCAAGAAGUUCAUCCGAAGAGACUUCCUCCUCGACGAGGUCAACGGACUUCUGCCCGAUGACAAACUCACAAUAUUCUGCGAAGUGAGCGUCGUGGCAGACAGCGUCAAUAUCUCUGGCCAGUCAAACGCCAUUCAGUUCAAAGUGCCCGAGUGCCGCUUGUCCGACGACUUUGGGCUGCUCUUUGAGAACCAGAAAUUCAGUGAUGUCACGCUGGCCGUGGCAGGAAGAGAGUUCCAGGCACAUAAAGCCAUCCUAGCCGCUCGGAGUCCUGUGUUUGCCGCCAUGUUCGAGCACGAGAUGGAAGAGCGGAAACACAAUCGAGUCGAGAUCGCGGACGUGGACCACGAGGUGCUGCGCGAAAUGCUGCGCUUCAUCUACACGGGACGGGCAACCUGCCUGGACAAGAUGGCCGACGACCUGCUGGCCGCCGCUGACAAGUACGCGCUGGACAGACUCAAGGUCAUGUGCGAGGAGGCCCUGUGCACCAACCUGAGCAUAGAAAACGUGGCUGACACCCUGAUCCUCGCCGACCUGCACAGCGCAGACCAACUGAAGGCGCAGGCCAUCGAGUUUAUCAACACAUGUGUGACCCGCUAUGCUGGUGCUGAUUGCAGGCACGCGACCGACGUGAUGGAGACUGCCGGCUGGAAGAGCAUGGUGCAGUCCCACCCACACCUCAUCGCCGAGGCCUUUCGUUCCCUAGCCACCCAGCAGAUACCUCCGAUCGGCCCGCCGAGGAAGCGCGUCAAGCCCAGCUGAAAGCACACCCUGUGCUGAGCCGCCAAAUCAUCCCCCAUCACUACCACCACCACUUCAGCAACAUUUCUUAUGUGUUCAAGCCAUGCCACUAACACGACGUGUCCCACCCAUUUGUAUUAACCCUAAUUUUGUGCAAACCCACACACAAACAAACCUCCUCUCACACUCGAGCCGCCAAAAAGUCGUCGAAGAGAGGCGAAGAAAGAAGUUCUCUUUCCGAACGAGCUGCGAGCUGUGUCUGUCUGUGCGACCAACUUAAUCAAAAUGGACCUGUGUUGUUUGAUUUGCAGACAAACACACACUCACUCUCACAGUGCGUGUGAUAUACUACGUUUUUUUUUUCUUUGUUGAACUGAUCAGUGCUGAAAGUGACUUCUUGGAUAAACCCUAUUUUCAGGGCGUUACUCUUUUUUAGUUAGUGAUUGAUUUUGAAAUGUCAGUAGUGAUUCUUAUAUCAUGGUAAUUAAUUCGUUGUCGGUCGAGCGAACUCUUUUCACCACCUGUGAACUAAAAACGAGAUGAUGAUGAAAUCGUUCUGACGGGAAGCAUUUUUUCCAAAUGUGACUAAAUAAAGGUAGAAAAGCGUUAGCUGGUGAUGCCAUUUAAAAAAUGUGUAAAAUUUGCUGCUGUAGGAUGAUGAUGAUAAUUUUUCACGAAGGGUAUAUAAAAUUAAAAUAUCCCUAGAUCUCAUACACUUGUAAUGAAAACGACAAACUACUGUUAAAAUGUUGAUUUUCUAACUCGUAGUUUUCCUCCGUGUUUGUUACAAACUACUGUUUUUCCCCCAUCCUCUUCCUCCUGAUUUGCGAGCACAUAAUUGUUGUAAGGGCAAAAACCACUUGAUCGUGCAUGGGAUUUGAUAAAAUUGUUGAAAAGAGAAAGACCAUUUUUUAAUGUUAUAAAAAAAUACCGUUGACCUCUCCUCGAUUGUGCCAACUUGGACAGUAUUUUUUACCAAUUUUUCUCCGAGACGAUAAAGUGCGAGCAAAUUGUGCACCCUGAAAUUUGGCGCAUUUCCCUCUUCAAAUUGUAAUUCAACGGACAAACCAGCCACAUUGAAAACUCACUGACUCACUUUUCUUCUUGAUAUCUCUUUUGACAAAACGCUGCAUUUCUCCUCUCUGGUUCUGUAUUUAUGUAAAAAGUCGCUUGAUUUUUUCCCCGGAAUAAUUUUUGCAAAAACACGCAGUUUCCUCUUUUAUAUUCAUUGAACCGCGUUCUUGAUUUAUAUUUAGAAGACCAUCCUGAAAACCGUUCGAGGCUCAAAUCUGAAGAUGAAAAAAGUUUCUAUACCUCCCCCGUCAGCCGUAGUGUCCAGAUGUAUACGACCCUCCUCCUCAAUUACAAGUGAUGAAAAUUGAAUGAAGAUUCACGUCAAACGUGUUGCAAUUCCCUCCUCUUAAGAUAUAAUUCAAAGAAAUUAAAAAAAAAAAACUGAUCAAGAAUCACAAAAUCCUCAGAAUCUGUAAAAAUGAAUGAUAUUGCUGUGCUUUCCUCCAGUUAAAAGAGAGUAUUCCGCGCUUCUGAUACUACGCGUUACUUUGCAAAAAUUAUUUUUAGUUGUACAAACAAUACUGCCACGAGCACUUAAAGCACUAAUUACGAAUGGAAAGUAAUAAUUACAUAAUUGUCUGUUUCGAUUUUUUGUUCCUAAUGCUAAAAGUUGAAUGUGAAGAGAAUAAUUAAUAAAUUUUAAAAACGCGA